AUGGAUCGAUUCGUGGUAAGAGAUGUCAUUGAGAUUCCCAAAUUGGGUCUCAAGGCCUCUCGACUUCAAGACAAACUGACAAAGUUAGUGCACUUGCACGUCGAGCGCCCGGAUCGCAAUUCCGUGUUUGCCCUUGGCUUCAAGACGGACGCCCCAGACCAUACAGGUGUGCCACAUAUCCUCGAGCACACGGCACUUUGCGGAUCACAGAAGUUCCCGGUGCGUGACCCUUUUUUCAAAAUGCAGACCCGGUCGCUUGCCAAUUACAUGAACGCUUUGACCGGUACCGACUACACGUACUAUCCUUUUGCAACCACCAACAAGGCCGAUUUCCAGAACCUCCAGCAGGUUUAUAUGGACAGUGUUUUCUCACCGUUGCUUCGUGAGCAGGAUUUCCUCCAAGAAGGGUGGCGAUUGGAGCCUGCAGACCUCUCGGACCCGGAUUCCCCGCUGACCUUCAAGGGUGUGGUGUACAAUGAAAUGAAGGGCCAAAUGUCGAUGCCCGCGUACUACUUCUACAUGACCUACUUCCUUGCGAUUUAUCCUUCCUUGCAGUACUCUGGUGGUGAUCCUGCGUUUAUUCCAGACCUCAAAUACGAAAAUCUGGUCAAGUUCCAUCACGAAAAAUACCACCCCGAUAACUGCUUCACAUUCAGUUAUGGUGACUUUGGGCCUGAGGAAGCUGUUGAACAGCUUUCCAAGUACCUGGAACAAGUCAAGCCUGGUCAAGGUAUCAAACCGGCGUUGUCUCAACAGCAACCGGAACCUGUGCUUUUGGAUAAACCCAUCAAAGUCGUUGCAAAGGGACCUGUGGAUCCUAUGUUCGAUGCCAACAAACAGCACAAAGCUUCCUUGACUUGGUAUGUCGGUGAAACAGAUGACUUCGUCCAUUCGCUUUCCUGGAGAAUUCUUGGUACCCUUUUGACAGAUGGCCAUGCUUCUCCAUUCUACCAGAGCCUGAUUGACGCAGGAAUUGGCCCAGAAUUUUCUGUAAAUACCGGUAUUGAGGAGACUCCUGCCAAGAUUAUGUUCACCAUCGGUUUACAGGGACUGUCUGAGGACAAGAUCGAAGUGUUCAAAAAGGUUGUGUACGAGACUUUGAAUGAUAUCAUUUCUAAAGGAUUUGCUCAACAUCGCCUCGAUGCUAUUUUGCACCAGGUCGAGCUGUCUAACCGAGAGAUCGAUGCGAACUAUGGUAUGUCUCUUCUUCACCGUGUUGUCGCUCGGGCAUUCCACCCUAACGAUGACAUGAUGGAGACUAUGGACACUGAAAAGCUGAUUGCAGAGUUCAAGUCUCGUCUAGCUAGUAGGCCAGACUUUUUCCAAUCUGAGCUUGCCAAGAUGAAGGCAGCCCCGCAUUUCGAGUUCAUUAUGGAGCCAGACACUGAGUUCGAGGCCAACCGCCAAGCUAAUGAGGAAACUCGUUUGAAGGAAAAGGUGGCUAGUUUGACCGAGGAGGACAAAGCCACUAUUCGGAAUCAGGCCUUGGACCUUGCGCAGGCUCAGGGUGAACCUCAAAAUGUCGAAGUCUUGCCUACCGUUGGCAUCACAGACAUUUCCCCAAAGGCUACAAAGUAUCCUGUUGCUAAGUCUACCAUUGGUACCACCCCAUUGUACACUCGUGAGACACCGACUCAAGGUCUGAGCUAUGUCCGCUUGUUUAAGGACCUUGGGUUAAUCAACAAAGAUCUGAUGCCCUAUAUGCCCAUUUAUUCCGCUGCCCUCACUGGUGUUGGCACUGAAAAGCAUACCAUGGCUGAGCUAGAGGAUUUGAUCAAGCUGCACACUGGCGGAAUCGGUGCCUCUGCCACUUCUGUUCAUAGACUUGGUGAGAAUAUCGGCGUUGGCUUGUCUAUGGGUGCUAGUGGCUUGGACUCGAAGCUCGAACAGAUUUACGAGCUUUUGACAGAGGUUAUCACCACACCUCUAUUGGGCAAUGUUUCCAAACUCAAAUCGAUCCUCGAUGCAAGUGCUGGUAGCAUUAUGGAUUCUAUGUCUCAAUCUGGUCAUCGUUAUGCCGUUAAUGCGGCCACUGCCGGAGUUUCAGCUCGUAAAGCACUUGACGAGCGACUGGGCGGCAUCUCAUAUGUCAAACUGCUGAAGGGCCUCGCCUCAAUGAGUGAGGAGCAGCUUCGUGACAAUCUUGUGCCCAAACUUGAGACUAUUCAUUCUGCUUCCUGGUCCGGCCGUUUGGGUCUCACGUGCACAUCGGGUGAAACUGCGAACCAUUUACCCUAUUUGAAGAAUCUUGUUUCCAAACUCAACUAUGACGGAAAUGCACCACGUCAAGUUGAUGUAACGUUAUCACCACGUCGUACUUCUAUUCUUUUGCCCUUCCAAGUCAGCUAUGUCGGUGCGGCUAUUAAGGGUGCAGACUACUUCAGUAAGGACGCAGCGGCUCUCCAAAUUCUCAGCAGCUUGCUCACUCAUCGUCACUUGCACACUGAGAUUCGCGAAAAAGGUGGCGCAUACGGCGGAGGUGCUUCUUACAACGCGGGAGAUUCUGUUUUCACCAUGUUCUCUUACCGCGAUCCCAGUCCCGAGAACACACUCAAAACAAUGCAAAAUGUCGGAAACUGGGCCAUCGAGCAGAAGUGGACUCAGCAGGAUGUUGAAGAAGGUGCUGUUAGCGUUUUCCAAGGAAUUGACUCUCCUAUCAGCCCUCGUUCUGAAAUCGCCUACGAGUACGGUUCAAACCUUACCGAUGAGCAAAGGCAGCUUCGUCGUGAACUCCUACUGGGAGUUUCACCCCAGGACUUGCAGAGGGUCGCUGAGGAAUAUCUGAGCAAUUUUGAGAGCGAAGGUAAGUCUAGCUAUGCUGUGCUAGGACCUAACGAACUCGGAUCUCAGUGGACCAAAGUUGAGCUGUAA